UCACUAUAUCAUCAUUCGAUCAACACCAGUCAACAUGAAGAGUCUCAUCGUAUUAGCUGUACUAGCAGUAGCUAUCAAUGCCUCGCCAUUACAAGCAGAUCUUUGUGCGGACUGUACAACUCUAUUUACUGAUGUAAAAACACGACUAGCUGAUCCCAAUACAGCUGCAGCUAUCGAAACACAGAUUAAUCAGUUCUCUUGUGAUUUAAUGCUUAUUGGAAAAGAGACAUGUCAAAGUACAGUGAAAACUAUUGUCGGCACUAUGAUUGGUUUUAUGGCUCAAUCCAUCGACCCUACCAUGAUCUGUACCAUGUUACAAUACUGUCAGCCAACACCACCAGAACCUCAUGUACAGGAAUCUAUGGAUCUCGUCAAACGUUUUAUGGACCUGACAAAAUCACGAGAUGGAGGUGAACCAGAUCUUUGUGCUGACUGUACAAACUUAUUUACUGAUGUAAAAGCUAGACUGGCUAAUCCUCAACUCGCUGCUGGUAUUGUAGCAUCUCUAAAAAAAUAUUCUUGUGACUUGAUUCCAGUUGAAAUGGUGAAAGGAACUUGUGAAGCCAUCACCAAUACUUUAAUUACUCAAGGGCUCGUUACUCUGGCUGGUUUUGUUGAUCCUGCUAUGACCUGCGCCAUGUUACAAUAUUGUGCUGCUCCAGCACCACCUAAAGUGUUGCUUCAUCCUGAACAUAUUGAGCUGUUAGAUCGAUUCUUCACUCUUCAUGGAAAGGCUCAAGCUGGUGACACAGAUCUCUGUGCUGAUUGUUCCACUCUUUUUACUGAUGUCAAGACAAGACUGGCUGAUCCAGCUACAACUCAAGCUAUUGUGGCUCAAGUUGAGCAAUACUCCUGUAAUGUGAUGCCAAUUGGUCAAGAAACAUGUCGUUCUCUAGUUUCAACAGUAAUUGGUACUGGUCUAGGAAUGAUGGCCUCUUUCAUCGAACCAACACAAAUUUGUACUAUUUUGGGAUAUUGUCAAAUGCCACCAAUGGUUCACGAUUCCUUCCAGUCUACUUUAUACUUCAAACCGGAAGUAAUGUCACAGACUGUAGGUGAUAUAGAUCUAUGUACUGAUUGUACCACCCUAUUUACUGAUGUUAAAACAAGAUUAAGCAAUCCACAAACAGUUGGUGCUAUCACAGCUGGAAUAGAGAAAUUUUCCUGUAAUCUUUUACCAACAUUUCAAACAACUUGUAAUAUGCUGGUAUCCACCGCUGUAUCAACUGGUCUUGGCUUUGUUGCUUCCCUCAUUGAUCCAGCUAUGACUUGUCAGAUAUUGAUGUAUUGUACAGCCUAAUUCCUUCUAUUAUUAGACCAAUGAUGUAAUAUUAUUCUGUACUUCCAUGUAUUAUUACUUGGUUAUAUUUAUGAAUAAUAUAAUAUAAUAUACAGCUAUUUUUUACGAAUGAAAUGACAAUAUACAGCUAUUUUUUUAAUUAUUAUAGAAGAUUUUUUACAGCUAUUUUUAUAAUCAUGUAUAUAUUUAAAACCCCCUGCAUAAUAAAAUAUCUUAAUGAU